UCCCCCCCACCCACUCGUCCGUUUCUUCCUUAAGUAUCGGACUAAGGACGUAAUCCUGUUUUCCUCCCUCCUUUCUAUUUCAAUACCGCCACGAUUUCUCCAAUCAGUUCUUCCCUUUUUCAGGCUCUGCCUUCCUGGUCACUUCUAUCCUCCCUCUUUAGGAAAUCAGAAGUCGGAGCCUCAAAAGCCCCUCCCACCGCACAAAUGCAGAAAUCACCCACCAUCACUUUUGACUCUAUCGCUCUCCCCGAUCCUCUCAAUCCCCCCACCAAGAAGACCAGAACCCCACCAAUUACCACCUCCAAGAUGAGGAAUCCUUUCGAUAUGGCCGACCUCGACUCCGCCGUCGAGCGGGAAGAACCCCAGCCUUUCAUGGACAUUCACGCCUACCAGUCGCGCGAUGGCAAUCGCUCCUUGUUACAACCCAACGAGAGCCGUCACGGAAGCAGUAUGAAGGAUCGCUUUAUCGGUGCCAUUGACACCGGUACCACCAGUUCCCGUUUCAUCAUCUUCGACUGCACUGGUGUUCCUGUGGCCAAGUACCAGAUGGAAUUCCGCCAAAUUCACGAGAAAUCAGGAUGGCACGAACAAGAUCCCUUUGAACUCGUCGAUUCCGUAUACACCUGCAUUGAAGAAGCUAUGAAGACCUUCCUCGCACUCGGUCACUCCCGGGACGAUAUCGAGGCUAUUGGUAUUACCAGUCAACGUGAGACAACAGUGUGCUGGGAUUGGGAGACUGGUGAGCCUCUACACCACGCAAUCGCGUGGCCAGAUACCAGAACCACUGGGCUGGUUCGAGAACUCAAGGCAAAGGAGGGUGCGGAUGAGCUAUCAAACAUCUGCGGCCUUCCCCUGUCGACAUACCCUUCCUCCGUCACCCUCAUGUGGAUGCUCCGCAACCUCCCCGAGGUGAAGAGGGCAUAUGAUGAGGGCCGCCUGGCUUUUGGUACCAUCGACACCUGGCUGUUGUACAACCUGAACGGUGGCCCGGAGGGCGGCCGGCUGGUGACUGACGUCACAAACGCAUCACGAACCAUGUUCAUGAACCUCGAAACGCUUGAUUACGAUGAUAAGUUGUUGAAGUUUUUCGAAAUCGAUAAGAACAAGAUCAGACUGCCCAAGAUUCUUCCUUCCUCUGACCCCGAGGGCUACGGAUGGGUUAGAGACGGCCCGCUUGAGGGUAUCCCCAUCACAAGCUGUCUCGGCGAUCAAUCUGCUGCCUUGGUCGGUCACUGUGCCUUCACGCCCGGAUCUGCGAAGAACACUUAUGGCACGGGCUGUUUCCUUCUGUACAACGUUGGUGAGAAGCCUGUUAUCUCCAAGCAUGGCUUGCUUGGCACCGUGGGCUUCCAGUUGGGCAAGCACCGCAAGCCUGUGUAUGCCUUGGAGGGCAGUGUCGCUGUUGCUGGAAGUGGUAUCUCCUUCCUGAUGAACAACAUGGGUUUCUUCCGUGAUUCCCGUAAAGUCAGUGAGGUCGCUGCGACCGUCCCCGAUAGUGGCGGCUGUGUCUUCGUCACUGCCUUCAGUGGUCUGUUCGCACCCUACUGGAUUGAUGAUGCCAAGGGAACCAUCUUUGGUAUCACUCAGCACACUCAGCGUGGACACAUUGCACGUGCCACCAUGGAAGCUGCCUGCUUCCAGACCAAGGCCAUCUUGGAUGCCAUGGAGAUGGACAGCGGUCACAAGUUGUCGGAAUUGGCCGUCGAUGGCGGUAUGAGCAAUUCCGAUAUCUGCAUGCAGACUCAAGCCGAUAUUAUUCAAAUCCCCGUUGAACGCCCGGCCAUGCACGAGACGACGGCGCUGGGAGCCGCCAUCGCAGCUGGCUUCGCGGUCAACAUCUGGAAGGAUUUCAGCGAGCUCAAGGACAUGAACCGGGCCAACCGCACGACCUUCCUUCCCCAUGCCUCCCCAGUGCAGAGCAAGAAGAUGUACCGUCAGUGGUCCAAGGCCGUCGAGAUGUCGCGUGGCUGGCUCGACACGAAUGAUUCAGAAGAAGAAGAAGAAGAAGGACAGAACGGUGCAUAGUAUUCUUCUUAAACCCACGUCAUAGAACGGUGGCUUUGUCUUUUUCAACAUUUGAUUCAGCGAUUUAGCGUCUUGAUUUUCUCAUUGCUUUGCACUCGGGGUUACGGCAUGGCUACUUGGGUCCUGGGUUCGGCCUGGCACAGGUUCAAAUUUCUCUGGGGAUACCUGGAUUCCACAUCAGGUACAUUAUCGGUAUAUAUAGCUGCACGGUACUUACCUUAUACAUAUUCAUGUCAUUGAUAUUUCAGAUAGAUAUAAUAGGAAUGACGUCUGAUGAUGAGAAAGA